UGGAGAUAGGAUACUUUAAAUACUGUUUUUAAAUACUGUUUUUACCUUCUUUUAUUGGGUAUCUUCCUUUUUAUCUGUUCUGGUCUAUGGCCGUAAUAAAGCUUCUAUUCCAUAGUUAAUGUGCCUUUAGUGGUUGUAUAGAAGGGAGAAUUUCAGCAGAUGUUGCUGGUUCCCUGGUUGCAUUGCAUGACAAGCGACAUCUGAAAUCUUGUCAUUUACACAACCAUUAAAGGUAAAGCUGCUCUCUCUCCAGUUUUUAAUCCGGUGAUCCUACAGAAUGGUGCCUUAUUAGCGCUAGUCCAGGCCAUGAGAAGAAUUCAUCCCAUGGAACCCCUUUGAUGAGGAUAAAAUGCCUUGUCGUCUUUGGUCUAUCCAUUAGAUAGUUUAGAAACAGCAUUUGAACUCGUUUCUUGGCAAGAGGUGGGUGAAGCAUCUCUCUGAGAGAUGUAUAAAUAUCAUGCCCCUUUCUCCCCCCAGAAAAGAAGCAGCUGUCCCUCGUCUUGCAGCAAUGGGUAAAGAUAAGAAGAAAGACAGCAAAAAGGGAGAGAAGUCUUUGCCUCCACCGGCGCAUGACGCUGCUCUUGACGCUGGCAGUUCCAUACAGACCAUUCUGCCAGCUGCAAAUCAAGCGGAUGAACAACUGGCAGCUCCCUUGGUUUCCAAGGAAGAACUGAAGGAGCCAGAAGUAGUGCUUCCAGUCCCAGAACCCAUUGAGUAUGAGGAGCCUGUCCUCACUCAACUCAUUGUGGAAAGCUAUGAAGGUGAAAAAGUCCAUGGAUUAUAUGAGGGAGAAGGAACGGCAUGUUUUCAAGGGGGCAAUGUUUAUAAGGUGGGUAUAUUUAAUGUUUGGCUUCCUGAGCUUCAAAGCACACAAUGUGCCAGGCCCCUCUCAUCCCCUGACAUUGAAUGUGGGCCCAGAGGGUGGCUUUUCCUGACCCUUUCCCACUGA